AUCCACCGCUUGUGUCGCAGUCGAGCGCUAUGUUUAGAAUAGCUCUUGUAUGUGAAUAUUUACUGGUCAAAUUGUAACAUUUCUCAUUGCGAAGUGGGAAAGCAACUUGAUUACACCAAAAAAAGAAUAGGCCGGAUAUUCCAGAAUUUUUAUUACCCUCACACAACUUAGAAAUAGCAGGAAGUAGACGUAUUAAUAUUGUCAGCAUCUUGAGAGACCAGAGAAGAUAGAAUGGCUGUAUCCACAGUUCUACUUGUCAUUAUUGGUGCGACUACAACAACCUAUGCAGGUUUAGAUAAUGUUGCUCAAGGCAAGCCAGCGGAAAUGUCUAGUAUAUACGACAACAGAUGGCCUGCUUCAAAAGCUGUAGACGGAAUUAUUAAUAGCAACAUGGCAGGCGGCUCGUGCUUCCAUACUGACAACUUUUGGUUUAACUGGUGGAAAGUCGACUUGUUGCAAAUCUACCAAGUUAAGCAAAUUGAACUGUAUAACAGACAAGAUUGUUGUGCUGAUCGGGCCAAAAAUAUUGAUUUAAGUGUCGGUCCUUCUUCGACUGACAUGGAACAAGUGAAGACAUGGGCUCAGCUUUCCUCCUUCGAGAAGUUAGUUUUCGAAACGACCAAAUCAGUGCGAUAUGUGCGAAUUAUGAAUUUAUCAGAGGAUUAUGAAGACAUUUAUUUUCACCUUUGUGAAGUGAAAGUAUUGGUAGAGGUGUGAAUUACCAAACGGAACAAACACAUGUGCAUCGGUGACCAUACAUGGUUAUGAAAAUGAAAUUGACAGUAUAUGUACAUGUGAACAUUUUUUUGCUUUCAAUAAAACCUUGAACACUA